CCAAGCAGGUCGUUUUAAUUGGUCGGGGCGACAUUCUAAUGUGGUCGCCCUUCGCGUCGCCCCAAUUCCACUUCGUUUGAUGUUUGCGUCAUCUCUCGACUCGCGUCACGAUGGAAAUCCAAAAUUGCCGCCGUCGGUACCCUCAUCUUCAGCUUCAAGGACGUUGUUGUUUUGAUGACUUUUUUUCGUUUGUUGCUGCAGGAACUGUUGGACCACCUGUUCAAGCUGUUCGACCAGGACCGCGAUCAACUGCUGAUCCAGGACGAGUGGAUCGAGUUCAUCAAACAGCGACUAACGAACGAGAAGCAGCACAACUUUGCUGAACAAUUGGAGAGCGUCGCGUUUUGUUUGUGCGGUGACGAACCCAUUAACUUAGAACGCUUCUAUCAAAUCUGCAAUGCUAAAGGCGUCGUAGACAAGCUAUACAGGCUGAUCGACGAACCUAACUCGGGACUGAUCAGUUCGGAACAAAUAAUGGAGUUCCUUUCGACCAUCACCAACACCAGACCCAGAACCGGCUUCGACAAAGGAAGUCUGGACAGGCUGGAACAAUUGUUCCGUCAAACUGUGGGGCACGAAAAGGAAAUUCGCCGAGAGGACUUCACCAAAAUCGUCACAUCCAAAAACCCCUUCUUCACCGAAAGGGUCUUCCAGAUCUUCGACAAAGACAACUCGGGCUCGAUUUCGUUACAGGAGUUUUUGGAUUCGAUGCACCAGUUCGCAGGACAGACGCCCGACGACAAAAUACGGUUCCUCUUCAAAGUUUACGACAUCGACGGUGACGGUUUGAUCCAACACAAAGAGCUGCAGCACGUGAUGAAGGCUUGCAUGGAGGAAAACGGAAUGCAAUUCAGCGAAGAACAAAUCGAGGACUUAACCGUGGCCUUAUUCGAGGACGCCGACUCAAACAACAGAGGCGCCAUCACUUACGAAGCCUUGAAAAGCCAACUGGAGAAGCACGGCGGCUUACUCGAAAACCUCACCAUCAGCAUCGAUCGUUGGUUGGUGCCACCCACAAGCAAAAAUCAUAAGACCUCUUUGGCACGAAAGCUGACCUCUUUAAGGCCUUACCAGCUCACCCUGCCAUACGUCAAGAACAACUACGUCUAUUUAAUAUUCCUCUUCAUUUUUAUAUUCGUGAACGUGGCACUGUUUGUCUCCAGAUCGUUCCAGUACAGGAAGUCGAAUUGGUACACGAUUUUCGCACGUGCCUGCGGCCAAUGUUUGAACUUUAAUUGCACCUUCAUUUUGAUAUUAAUGUUGAGGCAGUGCAUCACUUUCCUGCGAACCAGGGGAUUCGGAGAGUACUUGCCUUUGGAUCAGCACAUCUAUUUUCAUAAAAUCACAGGCAUAUUAAUUUUUGGAUACAGCUUCUUGCACACGGUGAUGCACCUUUUGAACUUCAGCUUGGUGGUGGUGAACGAUCCCGUAAUAAACUCAAAAAACUGGACAACUUCCGAAUGGAUCUUCACCGACCGACCCGGGCUGUUCGGCCUCGUCGGCGGACUGGCCAACCCUACGGGAGUGGCACUCUUCUUCAUCCUGCUGAUCAUGAUCUUCUGUUCGCAGGCUUUCGUUCGUCGAGGCGGCUGUUUCGAAGUUUUCUACUGGACGCACCUGAUGUACGUACCCUUUUGGUUGUUGCUCAUCUUGCACGGCCCCAAUUUUUGGAAAUGGUUCCUCGUACCCGGCAUCCUAUACGCAAUUGAACGUCUACUACGAUACGUCUGGAUGCGAAGUGAGCACGGCAAAACGUACAUCAGUUCAGGAUUGUUGCUACCCUCCAAGGUCACCCAUUUGGUCAUCAAACGGCCGAUCCAAUUUGACUUUCAUCCGGGCGAUUACGUGUUCGUUAACAUUCCUGCUAUAGCCAAGUAUGAGUGGCAUCCGUUCACAAUCAGCAGCGCACCGGAACAAGAAGAUUACAUGUGGUUGCACAUUAGGGGAGUUGGCGAAUGGACGAACAGACUGUACGAGUACUUCGAGAAGAAACAGGAGAAGCUACACAACGGAGAAAUCCCCCAGCUUGCGGACCAUCAUAAAAGAUUGUCGAAUGGCAGCAUAAAUAACAACAAUCAGAAUCCCAUUAAAAAGAUUCAGUCGACAAUCACGAGGACGCUGUCGAAGAGGGAGAAGCAGAAGCCGGUCGUGCAGCUGGUGGGCUUCGAUCCGGUUAACGACGAACUGACCAACCAAAAGGCAACAUGUAGUACUACAGCAUCGAACGGCGACCGCAUGCAACGCUUCCUCAUCACCGAGAAAGCCCCCCUGGAGAAAUCCCUGUCGAUGCCCGACAUGCAGACCAAAGUCAAGAAACGGGAACGUUUGCUGGCCUUGAGGGAGUACAUGAGGUCCGAGUCGGAGAAGACGUUCGACGAAUGCCAGAUUCGGAAGGCCCGCCUCAAAUCUCUAGGUUUGGCUUAUCUUAGUCCGCAGAACAAAAGCUUGGCUCAAAGCUUCAGAUACAUGAGAAACAAGCCGACCAUCAUCGCCUUCCAAACACCCAGCCUGGAACAAUCGACAACAUCUUUAGGAAGACAGAUCAGCUCCCUCAGCUUCAAACUAAUGCAGCAGCAAGACGCUCCGGAAGAAAUAGUCGUUGUGGCCCCCAAACCCGCCGCCACUACAAAGGCCAUCAAUUAUCCGGUGGGCAAUCCUUUGGAGAUCUACAUCGACGGUCCUUACGGGGCACCGUCGAGUCACAUAUUUCGCGCCCAACACGCGGUACUUAUCGGUACCGGAAUCGGCGUCACUCCGUUCGCAUCGAUACUGCAGUCGAUAAUGCAUCGAUAUUGGAAGGCCAGACACAGCUGUCCCAGAUGCAAGUUCUCGUGGGCCAGCGACAUACCGCCGACGGUGAUGAAUUUGAGGAAAGUUGAUUUCUUCUGGAUCAACAGAGAUCAAAGGUCGUUCGAGUGGUUCGUCAAUUUGCUGUCGCAAUUGGAGAUUGAACAGGCGGAAUUGGGGGGUGCGAUGGAGCGUUUCUUGGAAAUGCACAUGUACAUCACUAGCGCCCUGCAGAAGACCGACAUGAAAGCUGUCGGAUUGCAGCUCGCACUCGAUUUACUACACGAAAAGGAAAAGCGCGAUUUGAUAACAGGCCUGAAAACAAGAACGAACGCUGGCAGACCGAACUGGGACAAAGUUUUUAAACAAAUCCUGGAUCAAAAGAAGGGUAAAGUGACAGUUUUCUACUGCGGUCCACCACAACUCGGCAGAAUUUUGAGAAUCAAAUGCGACCAAUUCGGUUUUAUAUUUAGAAAAGAAUCUUUUUAGACUAAUUCAAUUUUAUUUACAUUAUCUUUCUUUUUAUAUUACUACUUUAUAUAUUUUGUAUAGUAAUUUAUUUAUCAGUUUUCAGUUUUUUAUGUGUAAAUUGUCGUUUUAAAUUUUACUCUCGUUAUCGUGUAAAUAUUUAUUUAUUUCAUUUUAUUUUAUUAUCGGUUUUGGGUUAUACGCGCUUUAGAUAAUUUUUAAUUUAAAACUGUA